AGUGAUCACAUUCUAUACACAACCCAUAGCCUACCUUUGCCUUGUUUGGUGAAGAAGGGAAUUCAAGAUGCAGUCCCUAAUUUCAUCUUUUUUCAUGGCAUUAUUUUUUGAAAUGAGCUAUGGUGGAGAUUGGUGCUACCAAAGUCAAUCACCUUGUGAGACGCAUUGUAAGGGACCCCUUGAGUGGCAUGAGGUCAAUCCAGAGUGUGGACGCCAGAGGCAGUCUCCCAUUAACAUUGUGACCAAGAAGACCCUGCCUGAUGAACGCCUCACGCCCUUUGAGUUCAAGGGCUACGAGCACGCCUUCAAACCCACCCUCAAAAACAAUGGCCACUCUGUGAAGGUGGAGAUCAAGCAUGAGGCAAAUGUGCGUGGAGGAGACUUGGAUGGGGUCUACAAGGCUGUCCAGUUCCAUCUGCACUGGGGCAAGAAUGGCGGGCCGGGGUCAGAGCACACAGUGGAUGGGGAGCAGUACCCUAUGGAGCUGCAUAUUGUUCACAUGAAGGAGAAAUACAGCUCUCUUGGCGAUGCCCUGAAGGACCCCAGUGGUGUAGCAGUUCUUGGGUUCUUCUACGAGCCGUCAACAGCUGUCAAUAGAAAUUAUGAACCUUUCAUAUCAACUCUGGGAAGCGUCGUUAACAAAGAUGCCGUAGCAGAAUUCCCACAUUCCGUUUCCCUACAUCAGCUCAUCCUCAACGAGGUCAACAUGACCAGCUACUACCGCUACUUGGGCUCUCUCACCACCCCGGGCUGUACAGAGGCUGUGGUCUGGACUGUGUUUGAGCAUGCCAUCCCUCUUGCCAAGAGCCAGCUCAGUGAAUUCUCCAGACUAAAGUUCGACGGUGGGAAAAGCAUGGUCGACACAUUCCGGCCGGUGCAGCCACUCAACGGACGGCUGGUGUACCGAUCGGGCAGCGCUACCGUUCUGUCCAGCGCCGCCCUCCUGGUGGGUGCUGUGGUCAUGGCCCUCCGCCUGUCUCACCCCAACUAAGGGGGGGAGGGGGGUUGAGGUUCCAACCAGGGCGCACCGUAUCCACGCAUGAACACAAUGAGUUCUUACCAAGUCUCCCAAACCAAGUAACCAAAACCAGUGAAGCAAUCAAAAACACUACAACCCCACCACCUCCCCCCCUCUCUGAAAAUUAGCACAUCUCCGCGUUCCUAAGUGAUUUGCGAGCCAUAGGCCCCUUGCAGAUUAAUAACAAGUCAAUUAGAUGAAGCCCAAGUGGCUGUUAGAUAACACCCCCCAACCCCCACCCCCACCACACCAACCGUUCAGGUGGGCACGUGCAGGAGAAGCUGCCGCUCACUUACGUCAGACCUACGGGCUUUGCAUGGCUUGAAUGGAAAGAGUGAAAAGCUCAUCGCUAUCAAUAGGCGCGCUCUUAAACCCUUUCCAGUUCUGGCUCCAGGCAUUUGGGAAAAGGGGGACGAGAAUGCAUGACCUCGCUCGUACACUGCCAAGUAUGCACAAACACACAAAUACACAUACACUCACUCACACACACACACACACAGGGAGAGACAGAGAGAGAAACA